AGCUAGCUUAAUUAACUUGUGAUCGAAUGACGACUGAAGGGCAAACCCCCAUUAUACAGGAGGAUCACCUGGUCCCCAAAGAGCCUCCAACAGCUGCGAGAGCUUGUGCAAUGACAACUAAGGGCCAGGGGCAAACCACCAUGACAGAGCACACGAUCCCAAAACAGCCGCCUCCAGGUUAUCCGGCUAAAGUCUCCCCAGCAGGAAAGGAGAAGAUGGACUAUUGGCAGUGCUAUAUGCCCCAGCCCAAAGGAGAUUAUGUAUAUGCAGAUCAUUCAUGGCUGCACAACAUCAUUCAUUGGAUUUUCUGCUCCUGCUGCGACUGACUGAUGCAUAUAUGCAUGCCACAAAUUAGUGUGCAUCGAAUUAUUUAUAUAUGAAUCCACACUUAUACUUUUUAUUUUAUUAAUUAAUGUACGUACUAACGUACGUAAUCCUUGGCUAGGCAAGUACGUAUAUAUACGAACUAUAUGUUGUACUACUCUACGUAUGCUUACUACCUACCACGUAAUCCUAUAUCGUACGGACUAUAC